AUGAAUAGAAUCGUCAAAAGCCUUAUGUACGGCGCUGGGAUCGUUGGUUUUGGUUAUGCUACAAUGAAAAUUACUGCUCCUUCUCCUCAACAUGUGAUCGAUUCCUUGUCGCCAGAGCUUCGUGCUGACUAUGAGAAACGGAAAAAUGAUCGAAACUCCGUCGAAGGUGUACUCCAAAUGAUUGAGGAAGCCCGACGCAACCCAAGAGACAUUUCAAAAUAA